AUGUCCCCACUACCAGCGGCUCCAUGGACAGAAGUCAGCGCUGACUUCGGACACCUCCAAAAUGGGAAAUACCUACUUGUCGUCACAGACGAGUACUCACGCAACGUUGUUGUUGACAUCCUAGACUCCAUCUCAACGACAUCAGUGAUACCUCGCCUGGACAAAAUAUUUGCGGAGUUUGGGGUACCAGUAUCCCUCAAAAGGGACAAUGGCCCACCAUUCAACAGCAGCGAUUUCAAAGACUACGCCUCCAUCACCGGAUUCAAACAUAGGAAGAUAACACCCCUGUGGCCCCAGGCCAAUGCUGAAACAAAACGCUUUAUGCGCACUGUAAAAAAGUCCAUCAAGGUUGCCCUAAUUAAAGGCCGAAGCUGGAAGCAGGAAUUAUUCAAAUUCCUACUGGACUACCGAACAAUGCCACACUGCACCACAGGUGUACCCCCGGCCUCAGUCCUAUUUGGCCAGACCAUAAAAAACCGCCUGCCACACUUGAUCACACCCAUAGCUGGAGACCCCAGCAUCAGGAAGCGUGACACACAAGCCAAGACAACUAUGAAACGACACGCUGACAGGAAAACAUACGUGAAACCCAAUGAUCUCAGAGUGGGUGACACAGUCAUUAUAAAAAACGACCACACCUCAAAGGCUCUCACACCCUACCAACCUAACCUAAUGACUGUGACAAAGAAAAAGGGAUCCAUGAUAACUGCCACACAUGAGGGUAACCAAACUACAAGAAAUGCCACCUUUUUCAAGAAAAUCCCAAGACCACCAACAAGCCCCACACACAACCCACUUGAUUACUCCUCAUUUGAAGAUGAAAACUACACACACACUACAACACCAGCAAAAUCUAAAGACACCCAGGCACAACAUACCCCCAACCUCAGGCGCACAGGUCGAGCAAGACGGCCACCCAAAAGACUCGAUUGCUAA